GUGCAUUAACAAAUUUGUACUUUUGACCUUUUAAACUUGUUUUAGUAAAUGUUUAGAUUAACAUGAACUAAGAAGAUUGAUAAAUGCUGGUAUUGUUCAUUGUUAGUUCCAGUUAACUAAUAUUAUCCAUUUUUCAUUAUUCAUUUAAUUCCAAAUUGACUUUAUACAUACUUUUAUUUGCAUCUAUACGGUGGCACAGUAGUGCACAACACAACAAAAUCUCCACGAUACAACAAAAUCUCUGCAACACAAUUAAAUCAUCACAGCAUGCCACAUAGGACAGAUUUUGUUGUGUUGAGCUCAUUUGUUUGUGCUGCGGCUUGUUUUCAUUGUGUUUUUACUUGUUUCUGUUGUGUUGUGGCCUAUUUCUGUUAUGUUGUGACUUGCCUCUGUUAUGUUGUGGCUUGUUUCCAUUUUGUUGUGGCUUGUUUCCGUUGUGUGGUGCUAAGUUCAUCGUGUUGUGGCUUGUUUCCGUUGUGUUUUGCUUAUUUGUUGUGUUGUGGGUCGUUUCUGUUGUGUUGUGCCACUGUACAUCUGUGGUUGCAUGAAGAACCUUAAAAAUUAAUGGAAUCUUUCUACUGCACAAAAGGUUUUUUAUAGUGAAAAAAUUUGUUCGGAUAACUGCAAACCCCCCAACCCCCCACACUCCCACCCCCCAGGAUUUUUAUUUUUAAGAUUGUAGAUAACUUUUUUUGAGCAAGACAUUCUGCAUGUAAAAUAUCAAUAUUUACCCUCCAAGUAACAAACCUUUUUUCACAUACAGGUUGAUAUCCAGAUAGACCAAUCCAAGAUAUCAACAUGGAUAAGUUCCGUAUGAUGGCCCAGAUUCUCCAGUCCAACCAAGAGUCUUUUAUGAAUGGCAUUUGUGGCGUCAUGGCACUGGCGAGUGCUCAGCUCUACACGUCUUUUGAAUUCAACUGUCCCUGUAUCCCUGAAUACAACUACUCAUACGGGAUCAGUAUGCUAGUUAUUCCACCUAUAUGGUUCUUUCUUUUGGGUUUUGUACUAAACAACAAUAUCUCGAUGCUGGCAGAGGAGUGGAAACGGCCGGUGGGACUGAGAAGGAAAGACCCUGCAGUCAUUCGUUACAUGUGUGUGUCCAUAUCCCAGCGUUCGCUCAUCGCACCAGCCGUUUGGAUAUCAGUGACUCUGAUGGAUGGUAAAAGCUUCCUGUGUGCCUACAGUAUGGACCUGGACAUGUCGGAAUUUGGCAAGAAUGUAAGUGGACAUGGAUUGUCUCAGGAGCAACUCUUACGAACACUGGCCAAAAUACCAUGCAAACAUAUAUAUGAUGGCCAGCACAUCCUAUCGAGAGAGGCCGCCACCAGAUACAUAUUGUGUAUUUCACAGGCUUUUGGAUGGUUAUUCUUGAUGAUCAUCACAAUCGCUGCAUUUCUGAUCAGAGCCAUUCGUCCCUGCUUCACUCAGGCGGCCUUUCUCAAAACCAAAUACUGGUCCCACUAUGUAGACACAGAGCGCAAGAUGUUUGAUGAGACUUGUACAGAACAUGCUAAAAGUUUUGCCAAGAUCUGCAUCAAACAAUACUUUGAGGAUGUUAGCGGUGAGAUUCAAAGCUUUCAUGAUCAUCCACGUGGAGAUGAUAGCGACGAUGAGGACGAUAAACCUGACACAGAAGAAGACAAACUGUUGGGCGUUCGGCGUCAAGACACCAUGAAUAAGGUGCUGUGGGACUGGCACACGUGCAAACCUCCGCUGAGUCUGAGAAAGUAUGGAGAUGCUCGCACUGAACAAAAUGGCGAUUGUAGCAUGAAUGCUAAUAAAAAUCAAGACCAAAAUAUCUGUGAUAAAACUGAACUUAUUAAGGGACAAAAUGUCUUAAAAUGCGGUUAUGUGAAUCCUGGCCUUGAUAUCGGCCAAAGCAAUUUAGACAAGGGAUAUGAGAAUGCUAGCUUUAGCAUAGAACAAAAUGGUUUUAUGAAUACACGUAGCAAUGCUAGCACAAGCUUUAAUGGACUGAUGAAUGGUGGUGUUUCUUCUCCAUGCAAUCCUCAAAGAAAAACAUGGGCUGUGUAUUAUAGCAAGGUUUGAGAUAUA